AUGACUAUUCAUGCUAUGUGGUGGACAAGGCAAUCAUCUAGAAAUGAAAAUGAAGAGAGUGCUGGGGACAGCUUAGAUGGUGUUCCGAGAACUCUAGCUGCUUUCUUGAAAGUUGACCUGCCGAUUUUUAAUGGAUCAACAAACCCUACUGAAGCAGACAACUGGUUCCAAGCCGUGGAACGUGCAUUGCAAACUCAACAUGUACCGUAUGACCAGUUUGUGGAAUAUGCGACUUAUCAACUAGUGGGAGAAGCUCAACAAUGGUGGCAAGGAGAGCACCGACUGCUACACCAACAGAAUAUGGACAUUACAUGGACGUUAUUCCAGGAAGCUUUCUACAAGAGGUACUUUCAUGAGUCAAUAAGGGAAGCCAAAAAGUUGAAAUGCUUACGGUUGAAGCAAGGGUCCAUGACUGAAGCUGAAUACACCAGCAAGUUCGAGGAACUCUGUAGGUUCUUGAGAAUAAGUCAGGGUGCCCCUGAGUCCUAUGAGGGCUGGAAAUGCAUCAAAUACCGAGUAAGGCUGAGGGAAGAUAUCAUGAGUGUUGUGGCUCCAUUGGAGAUUAGGGAAUUCUUGAAAUUGAUGAACAAGGCAAGAGAUGUGGAAGAUUGCAUUCAGAAGAUGACUUUAAUGAGAGAUACUCGUGGGGGUACUAGUAGCAGAGGUCAUGGAAAGUAUUUUCCACCAAGAGGCCAGAUCUUCAAAAGGGAAGGACAUGCCACUCAGCAUCCUCAUGGUCAAAGAAACCUCAGAAGAAAAAACAAUGUCCAGUUUCAUCAGGCGAAAAGAAAUGGUCGAUGUUAUACUUUUGGACUGUUUGGACACAUUGCCAAGAAUUGCUGUCGUGGAAAAAACCAGGAUGCGAGUCAGAACCAACAGUGA